CGUAGCGUGCGUUCCGGAAGUAGGAAGUGCCUUCUCCUACUUAGGCCGCAGAGGGUUUCCAGCAGGACCCGACCGAGGAGAUUGGACCCACAGGCGCACGGUCAGCAGCAGCCCAGCCAGCCAGCCUUACAGGAAGCCAGAUUUCCUUGGAUCCGGGGAGUCACUCUCUAUCCCACAGCAGUAUGGAGGAGGAGAGUGCCCAACGCGCCGAUCAACAGGAGGGUCAUGAGAUCAGACCGACUACAAAAGAGGGCCCUAGAAAGGCAAUUUCAAAGACCAGAGGGAAGGAGUGUGCCGUCUGUAAAAAGAAACUGGCCCCCUCUUGGUUGAAAAAGCUAUGUCAAAGUUGUAUUGAGAAACUAGUGGAGGAGGAGUCCCCAUCCCUUCUACAGAGUAUUAGGGAGAUGGUAAAGACGGAGGUCUCGGAUUCCCUGAAAGAUUUCAAAAAGAGCUUUCCCGCUGUAGCCUCUACCUCCCUGGGAACCAGAUCAAGCACGGCUAAUAGAUCUGACUCAGAUCCCUUAGAGGAUAGUGAUACGGGAGAAAUCCUAGAUAGCCCAGACUCGUCCCAGGAUGAAGAAUCCACGGGCAGGCCACUUUUUUCCCCCGAUGAUACGGAAGCUUUACUAAAAGCAGUUUGUGCGACUAUGAAAGUAGACGAACCCAAAGACCCAAGAUCCGUUCAGGAUAUCAUGUUUGGUGAUCUCGGGCAGAAAAAAUCUAGAGUAUUUCCCGUUAACGAGAAUAUAAAGUUUUUAAUACAGAAGGAAUGGAAAAGACCCGAUAAAAAAUUUUUUGUGCCAAAAAAUGUAAAAAGGAAAUAUCCCUUUGACGAGGCAGACUCAGGAUGA